UUAGGUUUCAUAUUUACAAAAAUAUUUCUAGCUGCCUUUGUCUAAGCAGGGCAACAAGAGUACGGCAUGGCUGAUUCGAAUACUGUCGGUUUCCUGCUCUUCUGUACUUUAGUUUGUACAUUUUUCAAAACGCCGGAGGUACAAGCACAAAACUCAAGCAUGUCUGCAAUUUCCACUCUAGACAGGAGCACACCUCAAAAGUCAGUUUCUCCCUUCUUAGCUGUUACGGUAAGCAGUACGCAUGGCUUUACGCAAAUUGUAUCAAAUAUCUCGUCGAGCCAGUUCCCCUCACCACAGGUCUCCUCAUCAAGAUAUCUGGUGACACCAUCUUCCAUAUUUGGAGCUUCUUCAAAUGAAAGCAUUUCCACCUCACAAAGCAGUUCAUCAUCGAGUUUCAUAAUAGUUCAGCAAAAAUCCUCAAGAGCCGCGAAAAAUCAUAGCACAGCGACGAGUCCUGUCGCAAAUCAUAGUACAAUAAUAAGUUCCACGAAGAUAAAAAGCACAGCCAUCAGUACAAAAACUAAGCAAAGCUCGAUCAUGACCUCAUCUCAGGUGACCAAUGAGAAAACUAUAACCAUUACUCCUUCCAAGUCUCAACCAACGAGCAGCUCUGUGAGCGCAACAGUGAUUACACCUACAACAAGUACCCCAACCAAAGGAUUUGCACUGUCUGUUCAAACACAAUACAUCUUGACGGCAUGUCUUGUUGUGUUCUUCUUCGUAUUAAUUGCCACAGUCGCUCUGGUUAUUCAAAUUGCUUUACUUCACAAGUCCUUGAAAAAAUUAAAGGCUAAAAGUCACCGUUAGAAGCCAGGAUCCUUACAACGAAGGCAAAUAUUUCCUCUCAGUUUUUUCUAUCAAAUACGAAUAGGUUGUUAAAAACAGUUUUAUGUAAUGACGUAUAGGGUGAGCCGCUCGCUUAGGAACUGUAAUUAUUGAUAGGAGGGUAGGUUUGAAAAGGGUUACCAACUUAAACGCAGGGAAAAAGAAGGAGCACAGAAAUAAUACAAGAAUAUUCCUUAAGGAAGCUUUCAGUAAACCUGAAGUAUGUGAGGUGAAGGGGAAUCAGCCAAAAUUUACCUCUCACCUCUGAUUCCCCCUGUUUUCUCGUUUUCUCCCCCCGUUUAGAGAUCAAUGCCCUGUUGUUUAUUCCGCAAGGGUUGGAAGCCCUGAUAUUUUCUCUUUAUAUUCUUCGAGUCUCAGUUAAAGAAAUGAUUUUGUAAAAGCUGUUAUUACAAUCAUUCUUUUGAUUUAAGGAACAUAAAUGUUCUACUCUAACUGAAUUAGUAAAAAUUUUUAUGACUCCUGAACGCCUUAAUUAAAAACCCUUUGCCUUCUCAGAUUGGGUGGGCUCCUCCCUUGUAGCUUCCAUGACAGCUCAAAGUAGAUUUUUGUAAUGAAAACAAUUAAGUGCUUUAUUAGCAUUAAACCCUCUAUUCUCAUUAUCUGCUUGUUGGAUGAUGUAUUGAGUUAAUAACAGCUUACAAUUUAACAGGGUUGAAAAUGUUUUCUCUCCUUUUACAUGUGGACACGUUGCAUUCAGAGACAUUAGCAAAGAGAUUUUUGUACCCUCUUUUGGCUGUAUCUGUCUAUACGUUUCUAUUCUUAUUAAGUUUUGUCUACCAGACGCGGGCAUUUUCUUCCUUCACUGACGCUGGUUCUUAGUCUUAUAAAAUCUAGACUACGUGCAGUCCCUCUGCGCGCCUCACUUCCUCGUUCUACGCGGCGCGCUUACAUUAAUUUUUUUCACUGAUUUUUAUUUUAUUUUUUGACUGGUGUGUGUGACUUCGUCAAAAAGGAGGGACUGCACGUAGUCUAUAUAAAAAUUGCAGUCACGAGCUUUAGACUCAUAUUUUAUUUAAGUAUUAUAUUCAACUUGGUUUAUUUUUAGCUAGUUGACUGAUUACUACAGGGCUUUGUAAUAUCUGGAAAGGCAAAAUAAAAUGUAGUAAUUAUUAAAGAUUCCUUUUUUGUCGCG